AUGUCUUUGCAACGUUUAAAUUUUCCGUUUGCCAAACUUGGCAACGAGGACAGUGAUUUCAAAUGUUGGGCAUACGUCACCAAGGACAAUAAUAUUUAUUGUAAACUAAAGGAGUUUGCAUUGCUUUUGGGCUAUGAGAAUGUUAAAAAAGCUUAUAGAAUUGUUCCAGAUGAAUGGAAAUGUUCAUGGAACAAGUUGGGCCCGAUCACGGCCCAUCUUGAAACGCCACCGAACUGGCACCCAGAGACGCAUUUUGUAUCAGAACCCGGUAUCUACGCUCUACCAGCGCGCUCAAACAAAUCGCAAGCAAAAAAGUUUAUGCGCUUCGUUUACGAAGAAGUGCUGCCAACACCAAUUAAAAUUGUAUAA